AUGUCGGUACCUCUGGAGAUGUACAGGAACAUUGACAAGUACCAAGCCUCCUUCGUGGACCUGGUCAAUGUCCUACUACCUCUUCUCUUACUAUUUCAUCAUAUUGUCAGGCUUUGUGUGGAACAUGGGUGUGGAGGAUUGUUUUUGUUCUUAUCUCCUCUUUUCUCAAUUUCACCUGUCCCUCUCCCUCCCUCUUUCUCUCUCCAUCCAGGUCCAAAAGUCCGUUGCCCACGUGAGGUUGCUGUCAGCUGUUUCCUUCUGCAGGGCUCACCACAGCAGGUGCUGCUGGCCAGGUGUGCUCUGGUGAACCUGGCCACAGACUGUGAGACCACCACUGACGUCAUGGAGGUGCCCCAGACCGCUUUCCGACACAUCAUAGGUAACGAGAGAGGAUUAUCUUCCUAUCAGUCCAUAAAAGGACUUUGUUGUGUAGUUUCAAAAUACUUAUGUUCCAUUUCUCGCCUUUUGAUAAAUAUAAAUCAUAUGAAUGAUGAUGGAUGAAUUAUACUGCUGUGUGCUUCAGGUCGUGGAGGAGAGUCUCUGAAGCUCAUCACCAGGACAACAGGAGCCAGAAUAAUCUGUCCCAGGGAGAUUGGGCGGGGCCUAGAGGAGAAGGGCAAGGUGUCAAUCACAGGGAUGAGAAUGGAGGUCAGACAGGCCAAGGUGAGGGCAAGAAUACUUAUCUGCUGCAGUGUUAUAACCAGCUAUGAUCUGCCUUACUGGUGUACCUUUACUCAUGUACUUAACUUAAUACUCUUUAAAACAAUACUUUGUUUAUUCUUCCUAUAGGAGCUGAUCAUGUAGAAGGUAUUCAAGUACGAUACUGUGAGAAGGAGGAUUACCCAGUCCUCCGCACUGCGCCAGAAACGACGACCCUUCGAGCCCCAAGGUCAAAGUCCAGAGGUAAACAAAAAGGUCAAACACAUCCCUUUUCUUGGCUGCAGAAAUCCUGUAAUAGUAGUCAAGUAGUGGCCAAUACACUCAGAUGCUCAAACACAUGCCUUUAACUGUUAACCAAUAUAGGUACAGUUGGGUCCGAAAUGAUUGACACCCUUGAUAAAGAUGAGCAAUAAUGACCGUAUGAAAAUAAAUAAUACAAAUACGGAGCUAUAUUGUAUGCAACAAAAAUGGGGAAAUAUAUUAUUUUAUACCAGGGGUAUUCAACCGGGGGUCUGCAGAGGUACUGCAGGGGGUCCGCGAAAAUAUAUAUAAAAAGUGAAUUACAUACAGUAGAAAAGAGGAGAAUAUCUUCUUUCUGAUGAUGUCAACUUUAUUUCUCAACUCCUAAUAUUGAGCAAAUUACACUCAUUUCAGUAUCUGACAUAUGCUGUUUAACCAGCUAAACAGCUGCUCUUAGCGGAAAUGUGUUUGGAGUCACCUUUCUAGCUAAUAGGCUAUGUUAGAGUUUACACUUCGUCUUCCAAUUAUAAUGUGGGGAGGUCAAAAUAAUGAAAAACCAAAUCUAUUCAUUUUAAAAUGUUGAUUACUUCCUUGCCAUUAUCAUUCACCUGAUGAUCAAAUCACAUUUUUAUUUGUCAAAUGCUAAGUAGACAACAGGUGUAGACUAACAGUGAAAUGCUUACUUACGGGUCCAUUUCCAAUGCAGAGUUAAAGAUAAGAUAUAAAGAAUAGAAAUAGUGACACAAGGAAUAAAUACUUAAGUGAUAAUGCCCGAGAAGCCGGGUGCCAAUAUAUCCUCCAAACAUCGGCUUCGAGGGCAUUAUCACUUUUAUACAAUGGGUUACCAACAUAUUCAAAUAAUGAUUGACAUAUUUUCAUUAAAAAUGUUAUUUUGAUGAAUUUAUCCAUACUAUUUAAUCCUUCCACAAGAUAUAGUCCCGACACAAAUCUAGGGUUGCCCAAGCCGGCUGGUCGUUCAUUCUGUCGGUUCAGUUGCUAGAGACGUGAUCCAGUCGUUUGUUCUAAAUGUUCCAUUGCCAUACUGGCUGGCAACGUUCUUAUCCCUUGCUUGCUAGCUAGCUAACUAUGGCUGACUUACAGUCACAUCAAAAAGACCCAUCCAUUGUUUAAUUGCCACCCAUUGUAUAAAGAGUGAAUAACUAAUCCAAAUAAAGAUAAAAAAUAACAUGGCUAUAUAUAGGGAGUAGAAAAGAACAUGGCUAUAUAAAGGUAGUACCAGUACCGAGUCGAUGUGCUGGGGUACGAGGUAAUUGAGAUAGCUAUGCACUGUACAUACAGGUAGGGGUAAAGUGAGUAGGCAACAGGAUAGAUAAUAGACAGUAGUGUGUGUGUGUGUGUGUGUGUAGGCUUAUGUAGUGUGUCUAAGUGUUUUCUAUUUAGCAGUCUUGUUUAGAAGUCUUAUGGCUUGGGGGUAGAAGCUGUUCAGGGUCUUGUUGGUCCAGACUUGGUGAACUAGUACCGCUUGCUGUGCGGUAGCAGAGAGAACAGUCUGUGGCUUGGGUCGCUGGAGUCUUUGACAAUUUAUUGGGCCUACCUCUGACACCGCCUGCUAUAGAGGUCCUGGAUGGCAGGGAGCUCGGCCCUAGUGAUGUACUGGGCAGUACGCACUACCCUCUGUAGCGCCUUGCGAUUGGAUGCCAAGCAGUUACCGUACCAAGCGUUGAUGCAGCCAGUGAAGAUGCUCUCGAUGGUGCAGCUGUAUACCUUUUUGAGGAUAUGAGGGCCCAUGCCAAAUCUUUUCAGCCUCCUGAGGGGAAGAGGCGAUGUCAUGCCCUCUUCACGACUGUGUUGGUGUGUUUGGGCCAUGAUAGAUCAUUAGUGAUGUGGACACCGAGGAACCUGAAGCUCUCGAUAUGCUCUACUACAGCCCGUCGGUGUGAAUGGGGGCGUGCUCGGCAAAUCGGUUUCCUGUAGCCCACGAUCAGCUCCUUUGUCUUACUGACAUUGAGGGAGAGGUUGUUGUCCUGGCACCACACUGCCAGGUCUCUGACCACCUCCCUAUAGGCUGUGUCAUAGUCGUCAGUGAUCAGGCCUACCACUGUCGUGUCGUCGACAAACUUUGUGCGGCCACGCAGUCGUGGGUGAACAUGGAGUACAUGAGGUGACUAAGCACGCAUCCCUGAGGGGCCCCCGUGUUGAGGGUCAGCGUGGCGGAUGUGUUGUUGCCUACCCUCAACACCUGGGGGCGGCCCAUCAGGAAGUCCAGGAUUAAGUUGCAGAGGGAGGUGUUCAGUCCCAGGGACCUUAGCUUAGUGAUGAGCUUCGAGGGCAUACUUUUGUUGAACGCUGAGCUGUACUCAAUGAACAGCAUUCUCAUGUAGGUGUUCCUUUUGUCCAAGUGGGAAAGGGCAGUGUGGAGGGCAAAAGAGACUGCGUCAUCUGUGGAUCUGUUGGGGCGAUAUGCAAAUUGGAUCCAGGGUAUCUGGGAUGAUGGUGUUGAUAUGAGCCAUGACCAGCCUUUCAAAACAUUUUGUGGCUACAGAUGUGAGUGCUACGGGGCUAUAGUAAUUUAACAGAUUACCUUGGCUUUUCUGGGCACAGGGACUAUGGUGGUCUGCUUGAAACAGGUAGGUAUUACAGACUUGGUCAGGGAGAGGUUGAAAAUGUCAGGUUGAUCCUGGUGCUGACGAAGAUGGUGGCCUCGCGACUAGCUCUUAGGAAACUUUGCGGUAUUAAAAAAAAAUGUAUUAUUCUUUACAUUAUUAGCUCAGAAAGUGUUUUGUAUCAUUACAUACAGCCAGGAAAAACUAUUGGAUAUCAGAGCAGCGGUAACUCACCAGCAUUACGACCAGGAAUACGCAUUUCCCGAAGCAGAUCCUUUGUUUGCUCUCCCCAGGGCAAUUGAACUGAUUCCAGCGGCUGACCUAAAACAUCGCCAGUGGAGGAGAGGCACUUGGAGCGGCCUGCUGUUCGACUUAGGAGGCGCGCACACCACCCACCUCUUCUAAGUAUACUACUCGCUAAUGUUCAGUCUCUGGUUAACAAGGUCGAUGAGCUCCGGACAAGGAUUUCUUUCCAGAGAGACAUCAAGGCCUGUAACAUACUUUGUUUCACGGAAACAUGGCUCUCUGGGGAUAUUCUGUCAAAACCGGUCCAGCCAGAUGGGUUCUCAGUUCAUCGCGCAGACAGGAAUAUAUAUCUCUCCGGGAAGCAGAAGGGCGGAGGUGUGUGUUUCAUGAUUAACGACUCAUGGUGUAAUUGUAGUAACAUACAGGAACUCAAGUCCUUUUGUUCACCCGACCUAGAAUACCUCACAAUCAAAUGCCGACCAUAUUAUCUCCCAAGAGAUUUUUCUUCGGUUAUAGUCACGGCCGUGUAUAUCCCCCCUCAAGCCGAUACCACGACGGCCCUCAAAGAACUUCACUGGACUUUAUGCAAACUGGAAACAACAUAUCCUGAGGCUGCAUUUAUUGUAGCCGGGGAUUUUAACAAAGCAAAUUUGAGGACUAGGCUGCCAAAGUUCUAUCAACAUAUCGACUGUUGUACUCGCACUGCUAAAAUCCUUGACCAUUGCUAUUCAAACUUCCGGGAUGGUUAUAAGGCCCUCCCCUGCCCUCCUUUCGGCAAAUCUGACCACGACUCCAUUUUGCUCCUCCCUUCCUAUAGGCAGAAACUCAAUCAGGAAGUACCCGUGCUAAGGACUAUUCAACGCUGGUCUGACCAAUCGGAAUCCACGCUUCAAGAUUGUUUUGAUCACCCGGACUGGGAUAUGUUCCGGUUUAGCUUGCGAAAAUAAUUUAGACGAAUACACUAAAACGGGGACUGAGUUUAUCAGGAAGUGUAUAGGUGAUGUUGUGCCCACUGUGACUUUUAAAACCUACCCUAACCAGAAACUGGAUAGAUGGCAGCAUUCGCGCAAAACUGAAAGUGCGAACCACCGCAUUUAACCAAGGUGACUGGGAAUAUGGCAGAAUACAAACAGUGUAGCUACUCACUCCGCAAGGCAAUUAAACUGGCAAAACAUCAGUAUAGAGACAAAGUGGAGUCGCAAUUCAAUGGCUCAGAUACGAGACGUAUGUGGCAGGGUUUACAGACAAUCAUGGACUACAAAAGGAAAACCAGCCACGUCGCCGACACCGACAUCUCGCUUCCAGACAAGCUAAACACCUUCUUCGCCCACUUUGAGGAUAACACAGUGCCACCGACGAGGCCCACUACCAAGGACUGAGGCCUCUCCUUCUCCGUGGCCGACAUGAGUUAGACAUUUAAGCAUGUUAACCCCCGCAAGGCUGCCGGCCCAGACGGCAUCCCUAGCCGCGUCCUCAGAGAAUGCGCAGACCCAGCUGGUGUUUUUACGGACAUAUUCAAUAUCUCCCUUUCCCAGUCUGCUGUCGCCACAUGCUUCAAGAUGGCCACCAUUGUUCCUGUAGCCAAGAAAGCAAAGGUAACUGAACUAAAUGACUAUCGCCCCGUAGCACUCACUUCUGUCAUCAUGAAGUGCUUUGAGAGACUAGUCAAGGAUCAUAUCACCUCUACCUUACCUGUCACCCUAGACCCACUUCAAUUUGCUUACCGCCCCAAUAGAUCCACAGACGAUACAAUCGCCAUCACACGGCACGCUGCCCUAUCCCAUCUGGACAAGAGGAAUACCUAUGUAAGAAUGCUGUUCAUUGACUAUAGCUCAGCAUUCAACACCAAAGUAAGCUCAAGGUCCUGGGUCUGAACCCCGCCCUAUGCAACUGGGUCCUGGACUUCCUGACGGGCCGCCCCCAGGUGGUGAAGGUAGGAAACAACAUCUCCACUUCGCUGAUCCUCAACACUGGGGCCCCACAAGGGUGCGUGCUCAGCCCCCUCCUGUACUCCCUGUUCACCCAUGACUGCAUGGCCAAGCACGCCUCCAACUCAAUCAUCAAGUUUGCAGACGACACAACAGUAGUAGGCUUGAUUACCAACAAUGACGAGACCGCCUACAAGGAGGAGGUGAGGGCUCUGGGAGUGUGGUGCCAGGAAAAUAACCUCUCACUCAACGUCAACAAAACAAAAGAGAUGAUCGUGGACUUCAGGAAACAGCUGAGGGUGCACCCCUCUAUCCACAUCGACGGAACCGCAGUGGAGAAGGUGGAAAGCUUCAAGUUCCUUGGCGUACACAUCACUGACAAACUGAAAUGGUCCACCCACGCAGACAGUGUGAUAAAGAAGGAGCAACAGAGCCUCUUCAACCUCAGGAGGUUGAAGAAAUUUGGCUUGGCACCUAAAAAACUUUUACAGAUGCACAAUUGAGAGCAUCCUGUCGGGAUGUAUCACCACCUGGUACGGCAACUGCAACGCCCGCAAGCGCAGGGCUCUCCAGAGGGUGGUGCGGUCUGCUGAACGCAUUACCGGGGGCAAACUACUCGCCCUCCAAGACACCUACAGCACCCGAUGUCACAGGAAGGCCAAUAAGAUCAUCAAGGACAUCAACCACCCGAGCCACUGCCUGUUCAUCCCGCUAUCAUCCAGAAGGCGAGGUCAGUACAGGUGCAUCAAAGCUGGGACAGAGAGAAUGAAAAGCAGCUUCUAUUUCAAGGCCAUCAGACUGUUAAAUAGCCAUCACUAGCACAUUAGAGGCUGCUGCUGCCUAUUGAAAUUGCUUGUCACUUUAGGAAAUGGAACACUAGUCACUUUAAUAAUGUUUACAUAUCAUGCACUACUCAUCACAUAUGUAUAUACUGUAUUCUAUUCUAUAAUAUUCUACUGUAUCUUAGUCCAUGCCGCUCUGUCAUUGCUUGUCCAUAUAUGUCCUAUCCCAGGGUUGUGGGUUUGAUUCCCACGGGGGGCCAGUAUAAAAAAAAAAUAUAUAUAUAUGUAUUCACUAACUGUAAGUCGCUCUGGAUAAGAGCGUCUGCUAAAUGACUAAAAUGUAAAAUAUAUGUACAGUGAGGUAAAAAAGUAUUUGAUCCCGUGCUGAUUUUGUACGUUUGCGAACUGACAAAGAAAUGAUCAGUCUAUAAAUUUAAUGGCAGGUUUAUUUGAACAGUGAGAGACAGAAUAACAACAAAAAAAUCCAGAAAAACGCAUGUCAAAAAUGUUAUAAAUUGAUUUGCUUUUUAAUGAGGGAAAUAAGUGUUUGACCCCCUCUCAAUCAGAAAGAUUUCUGGCUCCCAGGUUUUUUUAUACAGGUAACGAGCUGAGAUUAGGAGCACACUCUUAAAGGGAAUGCUUCUAAUAUCAGCUUGUUACCUGUAUAAAGACAUCUGUCCACAGAAGCAAUCAAUCAAUCAGAUUCCAAACUCUCCACCAUGGCCAAGACCAAAGAGCUCUCCAAGGAUGUCAGGGACAAGAUUGUAGACCUACACAAGGCUGGAAUUGGCUACAAGACCAUCGCCAAGCAGCUUGGUGAGAAGGUGACAACAGUUGGUGCGAUUAUUCGCAAAUGGAAUCAGCCCAGAACUACACGGGAGGAUCUUGUCAAUGAUCUCAAGGCAGCUGGGACCAUAGUCACCAAGAAAACAAUUGGUAACACACUACGCCGUGAAGGACUGAAAUCCUGCAGCGCCCGCAAGGUCCCCCUGCUCAAGAAAGCACAUAUACAGGGCCGUCUGAAGUUUUCCAAUGAACAUCUGAAUGAUUCAGAGGAGAACUGGGUGACAGUGUUGUGGUCAGAUGAGACCAAAAUCGAGCUCUUUGGCAUCAACUCAACUCGCCGUGUUUGGAGGAGGAGGAAUGCUGCCUAUGACCCCAAGAACACCAUCCCCACCGUCAAACAUGGAGGUGGAAACAUUAUGCUUUGGGGGUAUUUUUCUGCUAAGGGGACAGGACAACUUCACCGCAUCAAAGGGACGAUGAACGGGGCCAUGUACCAUCAAAUCUUGGGUGAGAACCUCCUUCCCUCAGCCAUGGCAUUGAAAAUGGGUCGUGGAUGGGUAUUCCAGCAUGACAAUGACCCAAAACACACGGCCAAGGCAACAAAGGAGUGGCUCAAGAAGAAGCACAUUAAGGUCCUGGAGUGGCCUAGCCAGUCUCCAGACCUUAAUCCCAUCGAAAAUCUGUGGAGGGAGCUGAAGGUUUGUGUUGCCAAACGUCAGCCUCGAAACCUUAAUGACUUGGAGAAGAUCUGCAAAGAGGAGUGGAACAAAAUCCCUCCUGAGAUGUGUGCAAACCUGGUGGCCAACUACAAGAAACGUCUGACCUCUGUGAUUGCCAACAAGGGUUUUGCCACCAAGUACUAAGUCAUGUUUUGCAGAGGGGUCAAAUACUUAUUUCCCUCAUUAAAAUGCUAAUCAAUUUAUAACAUUUUUGACAUGCGUUUUUCUGGAUUUCUUUGUUGUUAUUUUGUCUCUCACUGUUCAAAUAAACCUACCAUUGAAAUUAUAGACUGAUCAUGUCUUUGUCAGCGGGCAAACGUACAAAAUCAGCAGGGGAUCAAACAUUUUUUCCCUCACUGUAUAUAUUCUUAAAUUCCAUUCCUUACUAGAUUUGUGUGUAUUGGGUAUAUGUUGUGAAAUUGUUAGAUAUUACUUGUUAGAUAUUACUGCACUGUCGGAGCUAGAAACACAAGCAUUUUGCGAAACACGUGUAUGUGACAAAUAACAUUUGGCUAUGAAAAAUAUAGAUAAACUCUUGGUAAAUGCUAUGAUCUACAGCGUAUCAUGAGGUAUUCUAACUCAAGCUAGCAGAAGCUAGAGACUUCCUUAAUAUUAGAGAUUGUGCACCAGCUGUUGUUAACAAAGACACGCACACCCCCGCCCUUGAGUUUACAAGACGCUGCCGUUCUGUCCUGCCGAAGCGUUGAAAAAACAGCUAGACUUAUUUGAACCAUGUCCUCAUUCAGCCAUGACUCUGUGUAGUAUAGGAUAUUACAGUUCUUCAGAUUCCGUUGACAGGAUAGUCUUGAACAGAGCUCGUCUAGUUUGGUUUCCAGUGAUUGUACAUUCGCCAAUAGAACAGAGGGUAGAGGCGGUAUAUUCUCUCGCCCCCACGUCGGCCUCUAUAUCGUCGUCUUUUCCUAUUCUGAGUGUUCGGGGAUUAGGGCCUGGUCCUGAGUGAGCAGUAUUCCUGCGCGGCCGAGUCAUUGAAGUAGAAUUCUUCAUCCAAAUCGAGGUUAGUGAACGCUGUUCUGAUGUCCAGAAGCUCUUUUCAGUCAUAGGAAACGAUGGCGGAAACAUUAUGUACAGAAUAAAUUAAGAUCAGCGCAAGAAAACACACAAAAUAAGACAAGACGUUUGUUUUGCUAACGUAUGAUGGGGGUCUCUGGGUUGCCGGUUUGCCUGGGACGGGGUCCCUGGGCAAGAAAAGGUUGAAGACCAGGAUCUGGGUUCUGGAGGAGCUGCAGCACGCCUGAUAAAUUGAAAUACAUUUGCCAAAGUUAUAUAGUUACUGCUGUCUGUUCAGAGAUAUAUUAAAUAAUUCAGAAUAGCCUACUACACCAUGAGAAAGCCUAAAAUGUUGCCACAGAGGAUAAAUAGCUUCUUUUAAAAAUAACCUUGCUGUGGAGUGUAUCCCAAUAACAAGGCAAAGCCUACAGUCAGGAACGCGCUGCAAAUCUGUCAGUGAACAAACAGCAUGCAGACAAAACUGGCCUAUCGCAAUAUUUCAAAUAGCCUACAAUUGCGGGAAAACACAGGUUGGAAAGCAAAUUGCUCCUGCUGAAAAGAGAAUACUCUAAUCUGUCAGCUGUAGGCUACCAAAAUAUUUGAUUUCCAAAUAUUGUUUUACAAAGUAAAACAAGAGAGAGAGGCUUUUGGCACGAGUGCAUAGGCCAUCACCAGUGAGUGGGUGAGUCAGUCAAACUGGAAAGCAUUUUUAGGACUAUAAUUCCUCAUCAUAUUGUAGCUUACAAUAUGUCUCCACACACCUAGGUCUAGGCUAUUGAUGGAUUCAAGACAAGGUCGUUUUCAUUGUUCUCAGAUUCUCAGUUUGUCAGUGUCAAAGUAGCGUGUCAUUUCGGUCAUUUGUGCGGUAUGAUGGUGCUUUCAAGACAACUGGGAACUCUGAAAAGAACUAGGUAGAAUCAUGACGUCAGUGAACUUCAGGUUGGAAAGACGGAGCUUUAGAUAGAGGCCAGAGUUCCCCAUUUGGAAUUCCGAGUUGGAUGACAGUUCAAAACUUAUUUUCCAAGUCGGAACUAGUUUGUUCCCGAUUUCCUAGUUGUCUUGAACGCACUGAAGUCGGAAGUCUGAGAUUUCCCAGCUUGGAGUUCCCAGUUGUUUUGAACUUGGCAUUAAAAAAUAUUAUUCCAAAGUCUCCAGUCAUGUAAAAUGACGUAGAAUUGCAUGAAAUGCGUUUAUAAAAGGCCCAAAAUAUUCCGGACCCUAGGCCCCAAAAAUUAUUUUCCAUGUAUGCAACUUCUGUAAGUGCCUCUACUGCUCUAUGCCACUACGCAAAUGUGAUGAUAUGCAUGCAAUGCUUUAUUAUAAAGGUUAUUUAUUUUUAUUUGUUUAUGCAUUCCGGUACCUCAGAGCUCCCCAGGUCACCCCCCUCUCGCGCUCACUUUUUGUUCCGGCACCUCCAGAUUUACAAAUGAAGCACUGUGAAGACUAUUGUUUUAUACUAAUACAAUUGCUCAGAGAAAGAGAUGUUGUUUACCACGUAACCUUAAAAAAAAAAAUAUUCUUAUAAAUAAAGUUGUCAAAAGUUUAGUAUUUGGUCUCAUAUUCCUAGCACACAAUGACUACAUCAAGCUUGUGACUCUACAAACUUGUUGGAUGCAUUUGCAGUUUCUUUUGGUUGUGUUUUAGAUUAUUUUGUGCCCAAUAGAAAUGCCUGGCUGCCCUAGAGCAAGGCACUUAACUCUAAUUGCUCCUGUAAGUCGCUCUGGGUAAGAGCGUCUGCUAAAUGACUAAAAAAAAAGAUCAUACCCCCAAGACAUGCUAAUGUCUCACCAUUGGCAAUAACAGGGGAGGUUAGCAUGUCUUGGGAGUAUGAUCAUUGACCCUCUGUAACUUUCUCAUUCAUCAUUUUUCAGGAUUAUCCGUAAAUUUGUAGAGUCACAAGCUUGAUGUAGCCAUUGCGUGCUAGGAAUAUGGGACCAAAUACAAAAUGUUGUACUACUUUAUUUAUAAGAAUCUUUAGGGGUGUCAAUAAUAAUAAGUCAUUAUUGUUCAUAUUUAUCAAUUGUGUCAAUAAUUUCGGAACCAACUGUAUGUAUUAGAGCAUCUGGGUGUGUGGACCUUACUCUGUUACUACAAAGUUCAGUGGUAACUGAGAUCAAACCCAGACAGGAGCUGAAGCCGGAGGAGGCUCCACAAUCUUUCAGCGUGAAGGAAGAGGGGCUGGUCCAGGCUAACGGAACCUCUGCCCAGGCAGCAGGAGAGGAGGUACAGCUGGCUAGAGAGGCACGAGAGGAGGAGAUGGAGGAGGAUGAAAUCGUCUCACCUGACUCACUAUCAGAGGUUUUCAAAUUCGAAAGUAAGUUUGGAAGUUUUGAAAAUGUGGCUUUUUGAAUAGUUACCCAUUUGAAAUUGACUGUACAAUACUGAGAUUAAUACAAGUGCGCUCUCAUUGAUACUACAAACUUAGUCAAAAAUCAUUGACUACGGAAUUAGUUUUCCUAUUCCCUGCACCACAUAGAGGGACAAUGCAAUGGUGUGCAUGUUGAUAUUUUCUCUCAAAUAUAUCUCCCUUUCUCUUGUCCUGUCCAGUUCCCAGUCCAGACCUGAGAUUCCAGCCAGAUGGGCACCUGCAAGUGUAUGUGUCAGCGUCAGAGAACCCCCACCACUUCUGGAUCCAGAUUCUGGGGCUGGACAAACUUUCUGCCGAGAUGAGCCGAUUCUACAGCAACGGAACCCUGCAGGUCAGUCAUACAUUGCUUGCGUUCUUUAGACACCAAACAGACAAAUGGAUUGAAGCAGGGUGGGACUAUUUGGUAUUUUCCAAUAAAAGCACUCAUUUUUGUUUUCUGUUGCUAAAUGUUUUCUGUUGCUACAUGUUGUAUGUUACUAAAUGUUUUCCGUUGUGUGCCCUAAUGAGCAUUACUUCCUAGAUUCCACCUUCAAUGAACCACAAAAAUAGAACAGUGUCCAGAGCUGACACUAUUAUUUUAUUCUACAUUACAGAGAAACAUGUCUUUUUUUAUACAAUAUGUUUCUAUAGUGUUGAACUGUAGUGUUGAGCCCUGUGUGUGACAUCUCCAGGAGCAGCGAGUGGAGACCAUUAUGGUGGGGGACAUUGUGGCUGCUCCUUACCGGGACUAUGGCAACUGGAACAGGCGAGGGUCCUGGGGGUGAUGGGCUCUGGCUUGGUGGACCUCGACUAUGUCGACUUUGCAGACAAUAUAGAACUACCCAGGGACAGUCUACGAAGUAUGAGGUGAGAAGUCAGGGUUAUGAGGUUAGGGCUCAGAAAUAAAUAAUUUUGUUUCCAAGAAAGAGCUGGACAAUAAAUUCCAGCACUCUUUGUUGUAUUGCGAAAGUAAUAAAUAAUAGAUGAAAGCUGUUACUCUAAUAGCUGUUAGCUAUUUGGCCAAUGGUCUUGUCUUCUCUCAUGCCCCUUUAAGGAAUUACUUCCUCAGCCUACCAUUCCAGGCCAUCGAGUGCAGCUUAGCUGGAGUUAACCCAGCAGGCGAGGUGUGGAGCGAGGAAGCGCUGGAUGACUUUGACUGCCUGACGUACGUUGCCGAGUAGAGACCCCUUCUGGUCAAACUGUGCAGCUACACCCACUCUGAGCUCUCCUGGCCCAGUGUACAGCUCUACGACAACACAGAGGGCAAGGUCAGUACUAAACUGGACUGGGGUGGAAAAUGGCACUGUAUGUCUCGCCUAUCUCUUACUCUAUCUCAUUCACUCACACACUCUCUCUCUCCAUCCCUCUCACUUUCAGGGUCUUACAGGCCCAGUCUCUCUCCCUGUGUGUGUUAUCGCUUUCUCUCUCAUUUACAUUUUACAUUUACAUUUACGUCAUUUAGCAGAUGCUCUUAUCCAGAGCGACUUACAAAUUGGUGCAUUCACCUUAUAGCCAGUGGGAUAACCACUUUACAAUAUGUUUUUUUAAUUUUUUUAAAUAUUUAUUUUAUUUUUCUCCCUGGGGAAUGCAUUGUCAUUUGUCUCUUUCCGUGACAUCCCCCUUUGUGUGUCUGACUGGUCUCUUGUUCUCUCUCUGUCAGACUGUGGAUCUAGGAGAGGAGCUGGUGAGUCUUGGCCAUGCUGUGCCUAACCAGGAUAAUGGUAACGGUAGGGGCAACAGGGACGACCCCGGAUCUACAGCAUCUCAAACAGCAAAUAUAUAGACAAUGGAAGGCAGGUUUCAUCAGCGCAUCACACACCACUUUGGAAUGAGCUGGAGGCAGUAUGCAUUUUGAAAACAUAUACUUAAUUGUUUGAAACCUGAACGUUUUACAACAUAUUAUGAGGCAUGUCUUACUUCGCUUCAAAGUAACCUAGUCAAAAUCAGACCAUAUCUGUGGAGGCAAUUAUUUAUUUACUUAUCUUUUGGUACUUUUUACCCCUUUUUUUCCCCAAUUUCGUGAUAUCCAAUUGGUAGUUAGUCUUGUCCCAUCAUUACAACUCCCGUACGGACUCGGGAGAGGCAAAGGUCGAGAGCCAUGCGUCCUCUGGCACUGCUUCUUGACACACUGCCCGCUUAACCCGGAAGCCAGUCGCACCAAUGUGUCGGAGGAAACACCGUACAGCUGGCGACCGAAGUCAGCGUACAUGCGGCCGACCGCCACAAGGAGUCGCUAAAGCGCAAUGGGACAAGGACAUCCCACCCGGCCAAACCCUCCCCUAACCCGGACGAUGCUGGGCCAAUUAUGCACCGCAUCAUGGGUCUCCCGGUUGCAGCCGGCUGCGACACAGCCCGGGAUCGAACCUGGAUCUGUAGUGACGCCUCUAGCAAUGCGAUGCAGUGCCUUAGACCUCUGCACCACUCAGGAGGCCCCGGAGCCAAAGGCACAAUCCUAGUCAUAUUAGCAACCCAUGCUAGUUUUUGCAUAUUAGAUCUCACCUCUUUCAAAUUUUCUAAAGGAUAUUUUCAUCUUGGUCACAUGAUAUCCGUCACAUGAAACCGCUCGCAUGUGCGGAGCGCUUUUGACAGUGGUGUUUUCCCGCUAAUUGAAUUAUCGUGCGCAUUGCUGUACUUAUAAUGUCAAUAAAUAAUACACUGAACAAAAAUAUAAACGCAACAUGGAACAAUUUCAAAGAUUUUACUGAGUUACAGUUCAUAUAAUGAAAUCAGUCAGUUAAAAUAAAUAAAUUAGGCCCUAAUUUCAUAUGACUUGGAAUACAGAUACAGUUGAAGUCGGAAGUUUACAUACACUUAGGUUGGAGUCAUUAAAACUUGUUUUUCAACCACUCCACAACUUUCUUCUUAACAAACUAUAGUUUUGGCAAAUCGGUUAGGACAUCUACUUUGUGCAUGACACAAGUAAUUUUUUCAACAAUUGUUUACAGUCAGAUUAUUUCACUUAUAAUUCACUGUAUCACAAUUCCAGUGGGUCAGAAGUUUACAUACACUAAGUUGACUGUGCCUUUAAACAGCUUGGAAAAUUCAGAAAAAUGAUGUCAUGGCUUUAGAAGCUUCUGAUUGGCUAAUUUACAUAAUUUGAGUCAAUUGGAGGUGUACCUGUGGAUGUAUUUCAAGGCCUACCUUCAAACUCAGUGCCUCUUUGCUUGACAUCAUGGGAAAAUCAAAAGAAAUCAGCCAAGACCUCAGAAAAACAAUUGUAGACCUCCACAAGUCUGGUUCAUCCUUGGGAGCAAUUUCCAAACGCCUGAAAGUACCACGUUCAUCUGUACAAAAAAUAGUAUGCAAGUAUAAACACCAUGGGACCACACAGCCGUCAUACCGCUCAGGAAGGAGACGCAUUCUGUCUCCUAGAAAUGAACGUACUUUGGUGCGGAAAGUGCAAAUCAAUCCCAGAACAACAGCAAAGGACCUUGUGAAGAUGCUGGAGGAAACGGGUACAAAAGUAUCUAUAUCCACAGUAAAACGAGUCCUAUAUCGACAUAACCUGAAAGGCCGCUCAGCAAGGAAGAAGCCACUGCUCCAAAACCGCCAUAAAAAAGCCAGACUAUGGUUUGCAACUGCACAUGGGGACAAAGAUCAUACUUUUUUGAGAAAUGUCCUCUGGUCUGAUGAAACAAAAAUAGAACUGUUUGGCCAUAAUGACCAUCGUUAUGUUUGGAGGAAAAAGGGGGUUACUUGCAAGCCGAAGAACACCAUCCCAACCGUGAAGCACGGGGGUGGUAGCAUCAUGCUGUGGGGGUGCUUUGCUGCAGGAGGGACUGGUGCACUUCACAAAAUACAUGGCAUCAUGAGGAAGGAAAAUUAUGUGAAUAUAUUGAAGCAACAUCUGAAGACAUCAGUCAGGAAGUUAAAGCUUGGUCGCAAAUGGAGGCCUACAAGGAGGCCUACAAACCUGACUCAGUUACACCUGCUCUGUCAGGAGGAAUGGGCCAAAAUUCACCCAACUUAUUGUGGGAAGCUUGUGGAAGGCUACCCGAAACAUUUUAAAGGCAAUGCUACCAAAUACUAAUUGAGUGUAUGUAAACUUCUGACCCACUGGGAAUGUGAUGAAAGAAAUAAAAGCUGAAAUAAAUCAUUCUCUCUACUAUUAUUCUGACAUUUCACAUUCUUAAAAUAAAAUGGUGAUCCUAAAUGACCUAAGACAGGGAAUUUUUACUAGGAUUAAAUGUCAGGAAUUGUGAAAAACUGAGUUUAAAUGUAUUUGGCUAAGGUGUAUGUAAACUUCCGACUUCAACUGUAUGCUUCUGUUGGUCUCAGGGUUUUUUUUAAAGGUAGCGCCGUGGAUCAGAAAACCAGUCAGUGACCACCAUUUGCCUCAUGCAGUGCGACACAUCUCCUUCGCAUGUGUCCUCCUUAUACUUCCUCUUCCUCAUUGUCUCUGGAGGUCUUGACCUCUGCGUUGGGUUCGGUCACGCUGAGCGACAUAGUCUUCCUGGAGGGCUUCAGUUAUGUCAGGGAUGAGGAAUGUGACAUAACCUCGUCUUCUGGAGAAGUGGAGACAACUGGGGGAAACUCAACUUGGUCGUUGAAUAGAGACAACAAUCUGGAGGACGAGGAGAGCAGCAGCAAGGGGGCCAUCAGCAUCGGUUCAACUCUUUCUACCUCCCUCACACAUGAGUACCGGUGGCUGGGGGAGGGAGAGGGCAGACAUGGGGUUGGAGAGGAUAGCACUGAAAAUCCUAGUGUAGUUGUG